CACUGUUCCCAGAAUCCCCUGUCUUCACUCGCUUUAUUCUGCUUGCAGCAGGCAGUGUUCGUAAUAAACAUGGCGACGGCCGCAGCUGCUGGCGUGGGAGAACUGCAGAAAGAGCUGAUUUGUCCAAUUUGCUUGGAUUUUUUCGACGAUCCAGUUAUUUUGAAAUGUGGCCACAACUUCUGUCGAGGUUGCAUUUUAAUGCACUGGGAGGAAAAUGGAGACGAUGAUAUAGGAUAUCACUGUCCAGAAUGCAGACAGGUAUUUGGCAAAAUAAGCUUCACUACGAAUUACCUGGUAAAGAACUUGGUGGACAAAUUGGACGGACUGGAAUUUUUGAAGUCAGGUAAACCCACCGCCCCAGUGAAACCCACCAAACUGGACAGCAAGUGUGACAAACACGGCGAAGAACUAAAACUGUACUGCCACACGGACAGCAAACCCAUCUGCGUCGUGUGUCGGGAGUCAAGAGCGCACAGGCACCAUGACGUAGCUCCUUUGCCAGAGGUCAUCGAUGACAUGAAGCGCACUCGUCGUCUCUCUCAGGGGGAGCUCAGGUUGAAGCUCAUUAAGCUCACCUGGCAGAAGUCGCUGUGUGAGAGGGUGAAGUCGACGGACGAGGCGGCCAAGGCCGACACCAAGCGUAAGAAACAAGAUCUGAAAAGGAAGAUCGAGAACGACAUCGGCGCUCUGGUCCAGUUCCUCCUGGACGAGAAAGAGGACAUCCUGGCCAGCCUGGAGGCGGAGGAGGUGGCGACCGUCGCCAUGAUCGACGAGAACCUGAAGGACGUGUCCAAGGAAAUGGCCGCCGUGGACAAAGCCAUCACCGACAUACAGAACCACCUGAGCGGGAAGUCCACCUUCGAGGCCAUUAGUCAGACCAUUGCAAGCCCGUUCCAGGUCUCCUCCCCCUUGCAGGCCACCAACUGUCCCCCAAACUGGGAGGAGUUCAACGGCCCCCUGCAGCUGAUCAUGUGGAAGAAGAUGAUGCACGUGCUGCACACGGUCCCCGCCAACCUGGCCCUGGACAUGGACACGGCGCACCCCGGCCUCCAGGUGGGCGACUUCGACACCAAGGUGGAGGAGGGCCAGGCGCGGUCGCUGGAGCCCGACCUGCCGCAGCGCUUCACCCGCUUCCUGGGCGUGCUGGCCACCGCCCAGUUCUCCAGCGGCCAGCACUACUGGGAGGUGGACGUGCGGGACAAGGGCGUGUGGUACCUGGGCGUGACCACCGAGUACAGCAACCGCAAGGGCUACGUCAACCUGUCGCCCUCGGCCGGCUACUGGAGCCUGUGCCUGCAGGACCGGCUGUACGCCAACGAGGAGGACGCCCGCCUGUCGCUGGCCGACUACUGGAACUCGCCGCGCGUGGGCGUGUACCUGGACUACGAGCGCGGCCGCGUCUCCUUCUACGACGCCGUGGCCAUGAAGCACGUCUACACCUUCGAGGCCUACUUCGACGAGCCCGUCUUCCCCUUCUUCAGCCCCGGGAAGAACGACCCGGGGAGCCGACUGCAGCUCUGCCACUACUACUGAUCCCCCCUCCCCCCCCCCGCCCCGCCCUC